AUGGAAAGGGUUCCAAUUUGGCUGAAGAGCUCAGGAUUCUCAUGUGUUAUUAGUCAAUCAUUUAAUGAAAAGGAAGUCCUAUCCUUUCCAGACAAUACAACAAAACGUAACACGGCGCUUUCAUUGAAGCUAGAAAAUUCAAUGAAUCGCAUUGUUAAUUCACUACUUUGGAAAUGGUCAACGUGGGAUGUUGUAAAGAGAAGUGCUGCGGCACGACUCUUGGAAGAAGAGAAGAGGAGUUGGGAGAGAGUUGCAACUGUAAUUGCCUCGGGUUCAGAGGCUUUAGGGAUUUUUAAGUUAAUUAACUUUUUAGAACAAUUAAAAAGAUAUAGUUUUGUUGGAAAAUUGUUUAGGUCAUUUAAUGAUCUACUUUUGUGGGAUAUGCAGCAUAUUUUUCCGUAA